AUGAAGACCGUUACUUCGACGUUGGUUGCCCUCAUGGGCCUGUAUGAGGAGGUUGGAGCUGCUGCUGCACGUCCCUUGGGGCUAAGGAAAGAUGUUUCAGUGGCCAUGAGCACCGAUCCUUCGACUUGCUGUGCAGCCCUGAAGAGUGCUAACCUGACUCACAUUUACAUGCAAGAUGAUCAACAGUACAAGGACCGGACGAAUUCCUACUGGUCUGUCAGUGCUCAGCUGCAGCCAAAGUGCAUCGUCCAGCCUGUCUCUACCGCAGAGGUGGCUACCGCCAUCAAGGUUCUGGGUACUGACCCAGGAUGCACAUUUGCUACUCGAAGUGGUGGUCACACCACGUGGGCCGGCUCCAACAAUAUCAACAACGGAGUAACGAUUGACCUUGGUCUCAUGAACCAGACCACCUACGACGAGGCCAGCAGCCUUGCAAAGAUCCAGCCUGGUAUCAGGUGGGGAGGCGUCUAUGCAGCUCUUGAACCUUAUGGAGUCACUGUUGCUGGUGGUCGUGCCAGCACUGUCGGUGUUGCUGGAUUCCUGACUGGAGGAGGCAACACUUUCUUCACUGCUCAGCGCGGUUGGGGCUGUGACCAAGUCAAGAACUUUGAAAUCGUUCUUUCUAGCGGUGAGAUUGUGGAUGCAAAUGCCACGUGCAACUCCGACCUAUUCCUUGCUCUCAAGGGUGGAUCUUCCAACUUUGGUAUUGUCACUCGCUUCGACAUGGAGACCUUCAAGCAGGGCAACCUCUGGGGUGGUACCAUGUCGUAUUCGAAGAACUAUACUCAGGCGCAAAUUGAUGCUUACACCGCCUGGGUUGACAAUGUCGAGAACUACCCUGAGGGCUCCAGCAUCAUCUUCUGGAGCUACCUCCCCACUGUUCAAGAUGUUGUUAUUCUUGCUGCGUAUGAAGAUACGGCCGGCAAUGUGGCACCCGCAGGAUUCGACAAGUUUUUGGCUAUCCCAUCCCAGUCCUCCACUAUGAGGCUGGCUAGCCACAAGAGCCUCACUGACGAGCUCGAGCAAGCCGCUGGGUAUCGUGAUAUCUGGUUCACUAUGAACUUCAAGAACAAUCCCACGAUCUUCAAGCACAUUGUCGAUGGUCACCAGAAGUUCGUCAACGAGUGGAAGUCGACUACUUCUGACCCGGACUUCAUCACGCAGUGCAUGUUCCAGGCCAUUCCUACUGUCUUUGCUAAGCACAGCGCUGAGCGAGGUGGUAACGUUCUCGGUGUUGAGCACAUUGGCGCAAACUCCAUCAUGCUCUUGUUCAAUAUUGCCGUCAAGGGUGCUGAAACCGAGGUUGCUGCUCGUACACUGCUGAGGAAGUAUACCGAAGAAUUCCAGGCGUUUGCCGCUAGUCAGGGAGGCGCGGUUGACUGGCAAUACCUUAACUACGCCGAUUCUUACCAGAACCCACUUGCUGGCUUCGGCGCUGAUAACGUUGCCAAGAUCCGUGCGGCGGCGAAGAAGUACGAUCCAAUCGGCAUGUUCCAAACCCAGUCUCCUGGAGGCUUCAAGAUUUCCAAGGUUAACGGAACACCUCGUCGCGAGCUGUAA